AUGCGCGCGCUCAUUCAUCUGCGCUUCAAGCGCAGCAAUCUCGUCCGCGUUGCCCUCGGGGUCAUUGUGCAGUUCUUUCAAUUCUGCAAGCAUAUCUUGCAUCUCGGCAUCCUCAUCCAACGGGAGGUCUUCAAGCGGAACACCCUCCGGCUCCGCAUCGAGAAACGCCAAAUCGACCUCGCCCAGAUCACCGGCACCUUCAGGGGGGUCCGUGAUGCGCACGUGCGCAGGCUCCACACCGACAACCUCCACUCUGCACGGCACCGCGCCAUUGCCACGCGGGCACGUGACGGAGAGGGCGUAUCGGCCCGCCUCCAGAAGGUGGUGCACGAUACCAAUCUCUCUGUAGUUAGUCGCGUAUGUGACGCCGUCAAUACGCUUGUCAUCGCCAUUGUAGAGGUACAUACCGAGGAAGUCUUCUGCCAUGGCAUCCCCGCCAUUUGGAGACUUGAAGGGCUUUUCCUGACGCAGGAGGAUGUGGAUGUUAGUAGGGACGUCAACGAGGAAGUCCACACGAUCCUUCUCUCGGCUACGCAGCUCGAGGUGCUCAAUGGCGGGCAGGUGCCGGGCAACGUCCACGUUCAGUCGUACAAGUUUCAUCUGCUUCAAAUCCGCCGGCUUGUGGUACCAGUACGAAAGCAAGAAUUUGCUUUUGUCACGGAACAUGGCACUCGGGACAAGAUAGCACAGAGACUUGGGCGGCACUGUCACAAGGUUUGCUGA